AUGAUAUUCAUAUUCAUCAGUGAACGGUCUGCGGUCGUGGUGGCAGGUCUGGGUGGACGAGGCGGAGGGCGGAGAGCAGUCUUCCAGAGAGAGGCCGGAGCUGCGGAGCUGAGGAACGGGGACGCGGAGGACAAAGGACCGCGCGGAACAGGACCUGGCGCUGGGACGGAGCUCCGGAGCUGCAGGAUGUCGGCGUGUGGGGGCUGUCUGUGCUGCGUCAAGUACCUCAUGUUUGUUUUCAACCUGGUCUUCUGGCUGGGGGGCUGUGGGCUGUUCGGGGUGGGGGUGUGGCUCUCCUUCACCCAGGCCGAGUUCUCCUCCCUCCCCCUCUCCUUCCCCUCGCUCUCGGCCGCGAACCUGCUGCUGGUGGCGGGAGGCGUUACCAUGGUGACGGGCUUUCUGGGAUGUCUGGGAGCCCUGAAGGAGCAGCGCUGUCUCCUCUUCAUGUUCUUCAUGAUCCUUCUGGUGCUGGUUCUGACCGAGGCUGUGCUCAUGCUGGUUAUGCAUCUGUACCAGGACCAGCUGGACUCCCGGGCCCAGGACCAGCUGAGGGAGGGGAUGCACAGGUACAAGAGUGACCCAUCUCUGCAGACGUCCUGGGACAACGUUCAGAAGAUGUUUAAAUGCUGUGGGGUGUCCAAUAAGACGGACUGGUGGGACGUCCUGGAGGGGGCGCUGCCGGCCUCCUGCUGCUCCGUGGGCACUGACCCCUGUGUGGACGGCUGGCCUGAGCCCUGUUAUCAGAAAGCUCGACAGUGGCUCCUGGAGAACAUCCCGUCUGUGCUGGUGUUCGGAUUGUGCAUCGGAGUGGUGCAGAUCAUGGCGCUGGUCUUCUCUCUGCUCAUGUACUGUCAGAUCCGCUGUGCCGACAAAGACCUGGACUAA